GUUCACUGGUGGGAAUAUAGAACCGUGCCCCGAUUGGCUAAUACGAUCUCCCUCUCCAUCCCUAUCGAUGCAUGCUGGUCAUUGUAUUGAUAACCUACUCGCAUAUUCCUUCGCAUCUAGCGUCUUUCCUUUGGCUGGAGAAAUAUUAGGCUACAUUCAUUCAGAGUGUAGCCGUUAUCAUAGUGAAUAAUAGGGGAGGAAGGCAGACAACAUGACCAUCAGAAACGUACGGGAUCAUGGACAGAGGUUCCGUCCGAGGAUGGCAUGUCUCAAAAAGGUGGAGUCUGUGAUGCUGGAGAUGCAGGAUCCAAAGACUGGAGUCAAGUCACAACCCCAGAGACUGGUUAGCACUACUAUACCUCACGCUAUCACAGGUGAGGACAUUGUGGCAUGGCUGACCAACUGCUACAGUAUAGGAGCAGAAGAGGCGUGGGCUCUGGGCACCAUGUUGGUGGCAUUUGGGUACAUCUACCCCCUCCAGGAUCAUAAGCGACUAGUCAUCAAACCAGACGCGUCUCUCUACCGCUUUCAGACACCAUACUUCUGGCCAGCCCAGCAGUGGCCUGUAGAGGACACAGACUAUGCAAUAUACCUGGCUAAGAGGAACAUCCGCAAGAGAGGAGUACUGGCGCUGUAUGAACAGGUGCAGUAUAACAGUCUUCACAAGUGGAUGAAUCAUAAGUGGGACUUCAUUGUGAUGCAGGCUAAAGAACAGUACAGGGCGGGGAAGGAGAGGAAAAAGCCGGAUCGCGUGGUGUUUGACUGCCAGGAGAGAGCCUACUGGGUGGUACACAGACCUCCGCCAGGGACCGUCAGUGCAAUGGACUACGGACUUGAACGCAUGGUAGACCCCAACACAGAGGAGAAACAAACUUCAGACUUCUUCAGAAGAAUUAUGAUUUUUACGCAGCAGUCCAUCAUGAGGCCGAGGGUCAAGUCAUCUGUGUCUAUCGGAGCUCUUGUGAAGUACUCUGUCACCUAUAAUAAGCACGACCCUUUCCUAGCCCCCUGUCUCCCUAGCAACCCCUGGGUAACUGAUGAUGUCACCUACUGGUUUCUCAACAUGGCAAAUGUGGGAAUUCCUACCAAGAUGCGUGUGGAGAGGUGGACCUUCAGUUUUGGGGAGCUGCUCUCUGACCCUCGAGGCAGAGAUGACUUCAGACUCUUCCUCAAGAAGGAGUUCAGCGGUGAGAACCUGGCGUUCUGGGAGGCAUGUGAGGAUCUGAAGUGGGGAACAGCCGCUACCAUGAAUGACAAGGCCCAGCAGGUCUACAAGACUUUCCUGACGCGUGGCGCCCCCCGGUGGAUCAACAUUGAUGGGAAGACCAUGGAGGUAACAGUUAAAGGGUUGAAACACCCUCACAGAUACGUACUGGAUGCAGCUCAGACACACAUCUUCAUGCUGAUGAAGAAGGAUUCUUUCGGGCGGUACCUGAAGUCUCCAGUGUUUAAGGACACUCAGAAGAGGGCCAUCUGUCCUGACCAACACAUGUUCAGUGUGCCCCAGUUGGAGGCCAAUGCGAGGAAGCGUCGACCCAGCAUCAGUCCCAUCAUCGUCCGCCAGCUGGAGCAGGAGGAGAGAGCCAGGAUGGCCACCAGUGGCCCUGUGGACAUCACACAGGUCAUGAGCAAACUCAGCAACAAGGGCAAGGAGGUGCCCCCGUCCAAGAAAUAGACCAUAGACACACUCACAUGCAUAGACAUGAAUACACACACUUCUAUAAGCAUAAACACAAGCAACCACUUACACACACACACACACACACACACACACACACACACACACACACACACACACACACACACACACACACACACACACACACACACACACACACACACAGAGAAUACACAGAAUACACACCAGCUGAAAGCUAAGCAAUGUAGUUGCUACCUUUUACAUAUAGUUUGGAGUACAGCAAAGUUGACAAAUAGUGAGCAUUUGAAAUAAAAUGUACUAUUUUGAAUUUCUAUCAACUGUAUGCUGCCAUGGCCAGUGUAGCAUACAUACAUCAGACAAAACAGCUGGAAGAGCAGUUAUGUCUAUCAGUCUGACUGUCAUUAGAACGCAAUACUACCACAGACACAAGGGUUUAAAACCAUUGAAUGUUUCAUGUUAUUAAGUGUUUUAGUCUUGAUGGUAUGCCUCACUCACUGAGCAGUAUCACCUGUCUCACCUGUAUCUCUUUUCUCUCACCUGUCAUCAGCAUGUUCUACCUAUAGGGACACAUCUGUGUCGUUCCACCAAUAGAGUGCCUUUUAUGUCCCUCAUGCAUUAUGUGUGUACAUUUUGAUAAAACAUUCCAUUUAACAGUUGGAUCACAUACAUCUACGUUCUGACUUACACGACAUGACCUACAGUGCCUUGCGAAAGUAUUCAGCCCCCUUGAACUUU